UAUGAAGAUUUUUGUGGACAUGCUGGUAGAUUGAACCCAGGAGAUUUACAGUGGGUGACAGCCGGGCGGGGUAUUCUUCAUGCAGAGAUGCUCUGCUGAGAGGAACCAGCACAUGCUCUGCAACUCUGGGUCAAUUUGAGAAGUUCAGAGAAAAUGGUGGAACCACAAUACCAAGAACUGAAAAACAAAGACUUCCCCAAACCCUCCAAGAAUGGUGUGACUGUGUCCGUCAUUUCAGGAGAGGCACUGGGUGUAAAGUCAAAGGUUUAUACUUGCACACCAACAUUAUAUCUGGACUUCAAGCUGGACAAAGGAGCCAAGCACAUUCAGCACAAAGGGUGGACAUCUUGUAUUUACAUGCUGUCUGGCAAUCUGUAUGUUGGAUCUGAUGAUGCCCAAGAGAAAAUAGAACCCCAUCUCACAGCGGUGUUGGAUGAUGGUGACUGUGUUCAGUUAGAAAACAAGGGUCCUGAAAUAAGCUAUUUUGUCUUAGUCGCUGGUGAGCUGAUUAAAGAAUCCAUGGUACAGUAUGGGUCAUUUGUGAUGAAUACUCAGGAAGAAAUUAUACAAGCCAUUGAUGAUUACAGAAAUGCAAAAAAUGGAUUUGAGAGUGCCACCUGGAAGUCAAAGAUAGGAAACCAGUGA